AUUGACUCCCUGUCCCUAUGUGUCCUUCAGGAGGAGGAGGCCGUCCAGGAGGAGGAGCUGCAGGAGGAGGACCAGCAGGAGAUCGAGACAUGGACAUCAGACAUCAAAGCCUGCACCUGUGACUGCGAGUCUGCUGGUUCACCAACACGCGUCCCCACCGCCGGCCCACCUGUCCUGCCCACCUCACUGCUGCCCCCGCCACCUCAGGGUCACCCACAGAACUGCAUGCCAGAAUGUCCCUACCACAGAGCUCUGGGCUUUGAAUCUGGAUCUGUAACAUCAGACCAGAUCAGCUGCUCCAAUCAGGACCAGUACGCCGGCUGGUACUCCUCCUGGGUCCCUACAAAGGCUCGCCUUAACAACCAGGGCUUUGGGUGUGCCUGGCUCUCCAAGUUUAACGACCAGCAUCAGUGGAUCCAGAUCGACCUGAAGGAGGUGGGUGUGGUCUCUGGUAUCCUCACCCAGGGCCGCUGUGAUGCUGAUGAGUGGAUCACUAAGUACAGCAUCCAGUAUCGCACUGUGGAAACUCUCAACUGGAUCUAUUACAAAGACCAGACAGGAAACAACAGGGUCUUCUAUGGGAACUCUGACCGCUCCUCCACGGUACAGAACCUGCUGCGCCCACCCAUCGUCGCCCGUUACAUCCGCCUGCUGCCGCUGGGCUGGCACACCCGCAUAGGCAUGAGGCUGGAGCUGCUCAUGUGCAUGAACAAGUGUUCCUGAAGUGUCCAUCCUUCCCCUGCCAACCUGCCGCUUGCCAAAAGGAGGACAUCGGUCCAGCACUGAAAGAUCCAUCAUGUAACUUUGUGUCUAUAUCUGUCUUUCUUUAAUGAGGCUUAAAGCACACUAAGUCUGGGAAGGUGGACAUGUUGGAUGCACUAUUUAUCGGUCUUAAAGUGAAUUCAUUGUUUAAUUAUGUAAAUAUAAAAUUGGACAUCUUUAGUGUAUACAGGGGAUCUGCAGUUUAAAAUGCAAUUUGGAGGCGUGUUACCUUCAAUAAAGCUACAGGAAUAAAAGCAAGAUUUGUCGACUUAUUCAAUCAAACAAACACUAUAAUCCAAAAAAAAUUAUAUACAGGUAAAGAUUCAAAUCAAAUGUUUUAUUUGAGAUUUACUGUUACAUAUGUAAACAUGAAUAUUCUAAAAUUGUUAAGCAUUCAUUUGUGGGUUUAUGCUCUCAUGUAAAUGCUCUGUUGAAAAAAAAAAGCAGAUAAACACUGACUAUGCUACUAAUUUGUGUCUGUAAUAAAA